GGACGCCGAGAUGUUGGUUGGUAGGUGGAACACCACUCGGUCAGUGUUGUGGUCUGUCUUCCUGGGUAUAUAUAGAUAUGUUUUCUAUCUCCCCUGUUUGGCGGCUGUAAAUUUGUUGUGCUUGUAAUAUUUAUUGUCUGUCCCAGUUCCAGUCCCUCGUUCAUUCUGUCGUUAACUAUUGUUAAUUGACCACCCGGCCUGCUGCUACUUAAUAUAAUCUCUAUAUAAUUGCUAUACCAACCCCACUCGCUCACCCAUUUCUACAAAGAAUUGGAAAGAAAGAAGAAAUGUUCGCCUCCAUCCUUUUCAGCACCCUCUUGGCCAGCCAAGCCCUCGCCACGGGGGUGGGCUUCAAACAAGUCAACGAGAUGGGCCUCAGCAAGCGCCAGACUGACGAGUCGUUCGUCCCCGGGACCACCUACGGGUGUCCUAGCGGAUGGCCUGAAUGCGGGACUAGCCAGGUCUGCUAUAACCCUAAGCGUGGGGAUACCUGCUGUCCUGGCGGGACUUAUGCCUGUCCGGGAGGCUCUUUCUGCCUGCAGGAUGGGUACUGCUGUCCCGAUGGCCUCGACCGCGAGUCGUGCGCCAAAAAAUUCGGCGUCACCCUGAAGCCCACGACGACCGCCGAGCCGACGACCACCUCCCAGCCGACCCCGACGGAUGACACCACGACCACGACGUCGACGACUACUUCGAAGGCUGUCAUCCCGACGACGACUACCACUUCGGCCGGCUCGAGCUCUUCUUCGACUGUGCCGCCUCCGCCGAGCUCUGCUGGCCCGUUCAGCCCGCCGCUUUUCACGGCCGGUGCGAAUGCCCUUGCUGGUGCUAAGGCGGCGGUUGUUAUUGGGGCUGUUGGUGGGUUGUUGGCUAUUUAGGUAGCUCUUUUUGAGGACUGGUUCGCUGGUGGACUUGCUUGUUGGUGGGUU